UUUAUUAUUUAUUUAUUAAAAGGUUUUUAAGCGUUUCUAUUUCUAUUUAUAACAUGUUGCAACAUAACUUUGUAAUAUAAUCAUUCCCGUAGCGAUUGUAUCUUUUUAGCAACAGUAUAAUUUUUACCUGUAUAUGGAAAGUAGCAUUUUAUGAGAAGGGAUUGUUCUUGAUCCCUGUGUAAAUACCUAAGAGACUGUGAGACAAAUUGUUCAGAAUCAAUAAAGUUACUGAGGGAACUAGGAGUUAAAACAGUGCAAAGUAGAUGGGGACGUCAUCACUCAAGGAAGAAGCCUUUAGGCGAAACGCGUUAGCAAGACCACACUUGUGAGUUGCAGAAGCACCCUUUGGCUAGACGGAUUGAGCUCUGAGGGACACUGAGGAGCCAUUGCGAUUUAUCAAGAACUCGUUUAUUCUCCUAAUUGUUGCAAAUAAAAUCUAAUAGCAGGGGAAGUUUGUACUACCAGGACUAUUGUGUGCUCAAAUAGAAUUAAAAUCAUGACAGAGGAAAUAGAAAUUGAAUUGAGUGGGAAAUCCUAUGAUACCAAACACUGUGUGUUCAGUGAAGCUGAACUGGAUGACAUAGCACCCAAAUCCCAAGGACAACCUUCGCUUUGGACUUGGAUGAAAAGUCACACAAGAUGCUCCUUAGGUAUGGGGAGGUCUUUGCUGCUGAACUACAUUCCAGUUUUGCGUUGGAUUCACCGAUACCCUUUCAAAGAGUGGAUUCUGGGGGAUGUCAUAUCGGGACUCAGUGUUGGAAUCAUGCAGCUUCCACAAGGUCUGGCGUAUUCACUGUUAGCAGGCUUGCCUCCUGUGUUUGGUCUCUACACCUCCUUUUACCCUGCGUUCAUUUACUUUCUUCUUGGAACCUCCAGGCAUAUAUCUGUAGGUACCUUUGCUGUUGUGUGUGCCAUGACUGGAGGUGUAACAGAAACCCUAGUCCCCGAAGAAAACAUGCUGAUUGGAAACAACGCUACAUUCUAUGAUACUGUGGCAAGGGAUAAUUUGAGAGUUGAAGUUGCAACCGCAUUAGCAUUCCUAGUAGGGCUAAUCCAGAUUGCUCUGGGUCUUCUACAAUUUGGAUUUGUUGUUAUUUAUCUGUCUGACCCACUCAUAAGCGGAUACACUACAGCUUCUGCAGUUCAUGUGCUGGUGGCACAACUGAAAUACCUCCUUGGCAUUAAACUGAGCCAGAAAACAGAGUUGUUCUCACUAAUUAAUACCUUGAUGAAUCUCUCCUCAAGCAUCACAGAGACAAGCAUCGGCACAGUUAUUACCAGCCUUAUCGCCAUUGUGGUUCUAUUGAUUAUGAAGUUUCUGAAUGAAAAACUAUUUUCCAGGUUUAUUAUCCCAAUCCCUAUUGAACUGAUAUUGCUCAUAGUCUCCACUGGAAUAUCAUAUGGUGUUGGACUACAGGACCUGUUUGGCAUUGAAAAUGUUGGUGACAUUCCUGUUGGAUUGAAGGCUCCAGUAUUGCCUAACAUCAACUACUUUGAAGACAUUAUUGGAAAUGCAUUUGCUAUUGCUAUAGUAGGAUAUGCCAUAACUAUAUCUCUAGGGAAGGUUUUUGCAUCAAAACAUGGAUAUAAAGUGGACACCAAUCAGGAGCUGGUAGCCCUUGGCUGUAGUAACUUCAUUGGAAGCUUCUUUCAUUGUUUUGCAACAAGUGCCUCACUUUCUCGCUCUCUUGUUCAAGAAAGCACAGGAGGAAACAGCCAGAUUUCAAGUGCUGUGGCUUCACUGGUCAUCUUUAUCUUUAUCCUGAGGGCUGGGGAGCUUUUUCAAGACCUACCAAAGGCUGUAUUAUCUGCAAUUGUUGUGGUCAACGUGAAGGGGAUGUUCAAACAAUUCCUGGACAUUCCGUUGCUAUGGAAAACCAACAAAGUUGAUUUGCUUAUCUGGCUGGUGACUUUCUUUGCAACAAUCCUAUUAAACAUGGUCAUGGGGCUGGCUGUCUCUGUUGCAUUCUCCCUGCUUACUGUCAUCUUCCGGACACAAGUAUCUGACUACUCAAUCCUGGGUCAGGUGAAUGAAAUGGGCAUUUACAGAGAUGUGGCUAAAUACCAGCAGGCCAAGGAACUUGCUGGGAUAAAAAUCUUCCAUUCUUCUUCCAGCGUCUAUUUUGCCAAUGCAGAACUUUAUAUGAAGGCUCUAAACAGAAAGUGUGGCAUGAAUAUUGAAAGGCUAAUUGAGAAGAGGAGGAAGGCCAUUAAAAAACAAAAGAAGAAUCAGGAAAAGGCCACCAAGAAAGCUAAGAAAGAGAAGGAGCAACCCCAGGAGGUUACAGGCCGGGUCAACAUUGGCUUUGAUGGUCUUCAGUUAGAAAGUCCACCAAAUGAAACACAACAGACAAAAGAAAAUGAAACAGUAGAUGGUGCAGUGGUUGCCAUUCCGGAAGGUGAUGCAAAUGAGGAGAAGGUGGAGGUGAUCACACUUCAGUCACUAGGCUUGGAGAAACCCAGCUUCCAUUCACUUAUACUGGAUUUUUCAGCAUUUAACUUUGUGGACACGGCCUGCAUAAAAGUAUUUAAAAAGAUUUUUAAUGAUUUUGCUGAAAUUGAAGUGAAUGUUUUUCUGACAUGCUGCAAUGCUACGGUGAUGAAUGGAUUAGAGCAAGGAAACUUCUUUAAUGACACGAUUAGAAAGUCCUGUGUCUUUAAUUCAGUUCAUGAUGCAGUUACACAUCUAACAGGGGACAGAGAUAUCUUUGUGCAGGAUGAGCCUGAUACACAUCUCUAAUUUUUACACCUGGUCAACUGAAUGAAGCACAGAAAACUUGACUCAACAGAAGCACAAAGGAUAGGAUUUCAUCCUCGGCUAGUUGGCCUUUUUUCCUCCAGGUACAAUCCAGAUAGAGCUGCCCCCUACAGUCCAUAUGUGCCAACAGAUGUCAGGUGUCAUCAGAUUUUAACAACUAACAUGAUAUAGCAGGAAUAAAGCUGGCAUUAAGUUAG